AUGCGUGUGACGCUGAGUCACUUUUUUGGCACGGUUUUCGCGGCGACCUGCCUCGUUGUUUUCCUCUUCGAGCACCGGUGGCAGGGUCGUCUGUACGAGUGCGCGAACCUGUUCGAAAAGGAUAUCAUCUGUAAAAGCAUGCCCACACCAUAGUCAAGAUGGGAAGUCUGCAACACAAGUUCCCAAGUUUUGGGAGUUCUGCAUGACAAAUUUGGCCUCGCAGUGUGAUCCUGUUUAGCAAGUUCAGCAGCAUCACAGAGGCAGCACAGCAUGCCGAUUGGAGCAUGACAAAUUGCGAAGCACGAAUAGAAAAUGCCUCUCAUGGGGCUCCGCAUGAGAAGCAUUUUUACCAUGCAGAUUUACAUGACAACUCGGGGGGGGGACGUUUUUACUCAGGAUAAAGGACGGGACUACCUCAAAGACCUGGCCGGCGUUGCCGAUUUUUCCGCAAAUCUCCCUCAUCGGCGUGCUCGCGCUGGUGCAAAUUCUGCGCUGCGUUUCCCACACGACGUCGACUUCUGCCCGAAUCUUAAAGGUGGAUAAGUCGACGUGUGGUCGCGAAGAACAUCAACAUCAAGGAGUCACCACCAGCAGGGGGCGCAAUGAGGUGGAUCAUAGAAAAAAUAAUGGGUACAUCAACAACCAAACUGUGGAUAUGGCCGUACCACAACAACAUCGAAAUAAAAGGAUCAACUGGAGCGCCGUCUUCGUGGCCCUUCUCUGGACCGCGCAUUUUCUUGCAUCCUGGCUGACGAUGUUGGCCAUUACACUGUGGGCCCCCGAAUUUCUCCAGUACGCCUCUGCCAAGAAGCAUUUCCAGGACACCUGCGGACCGCCCGCGAGCAGUUAUUAUAGUACCAGCGACCCGGCGCCGGCGAGUUCGUCGGCGUUGAGUUUCAUCGUCCACCCGGGGCUCGCCGUGGCCUGGUAUGCGUGGUUUGCGUGCAACUACCUGGUCAUCCGGACGAUCUACAAAACGGACCCUUUUCUGUUGCAGAAUUACCUCUAUCAAAUGCAAAAGCGUCUGGGUCUGGAACGUUGCAAGACUUGUCAUGCAAGUUUUCCAUGACCCAUGAGGUCUGGAAUGCGAGACCUAGCGUGACAGAUUCUUUCAGGCCUCUAUCAUGCCUUUUCUGCAUGAGAAACUCCAUCUCAACUUGGUCAAAAGCUGACAGCUUUGAGUACUCACGCAACACAGAUUUUUGCAUCGUUCAGAUUUAGCAUGACAAGUUGCAGUGUUCCAGGCCCAGACAUUUUUACAUUUGAUAACCUGUGUCUCUGCCAGUGUGUCGACGAUGUCGUCGUGGUGGGACGAGCAGGGGAGGUAUGGCAAUGCACAACUCCCCCUCCCCCUCAUUUGUCAUGCGAAAUACCAAAUCUACUCUUUUCUUUAUUUUGGCACAUCUUGCAUGACAGAUUUCGGAAGCCGAAACAGCACUAGAAUCGGUAGCGAAUUUGUCAUGCAAAAGCUGCAUUUAUGCCAGCACUUGCGUUGCUGCUUAUGCCAUGCAAAUGAGGGGGAGGGGGAGUUGUGCACUCUCAUAAGAGGAACAUCAACGGCGAGCACAGACACAGACACAGUCCAACCUCUGCUCACGGGAAUUUUUCUUAGAAGAGGAGGUCCAACAUGAUGUGCAGCCGUCGCACGUGCAACAAGCGGAUGUUACGAAUAGAAAUGUCAAAAUGUUGACCAGCGCGAGGACCAGCACAGAAGACUUCAAUUACGUCGCACAACAUCAAGCAGAUAGUCAUUUAUUUGGGGAGGAACAAACGACGGCAAGAACGCCAGCAGUGCCGGUUGAUAUUUCAUCUGUAGCUGCACCGAACAGCAAUACGAAUACUAAAUGUAG